UUUGUGACUAGUCGACUUUGUGUUGUAAUGAAGUUGGACGUUUUCAACCCCACUUUUGGUUUUGAAGAGUUGAAUAGAAUAGAAGAAGACUGGAUAGUUCCAGAAGAAGAACUGUAUAGUGCCAUACCUUUGGCUCCUCGUCUUUCGAAUAAUGUGUUGAAUAAUCGUCCGCCGAAAGACUUGGUCAAGUUUCAUCAUGGUACUACUACGUUGAGUUUUAUAUUCUCAGAGGGUAUAGUUGCAGCGGUUGACUCCAGAGCAAGCAUGGGUCAAUACAUAGGUUCCGGUUCAGUGAAGAAGGUCAUCGAAAUAAACAAAUACUUGUUAGGAACUAUGGCUGGAGGUGCUGCAGAUUGUACCUUCUGGGAGCGGUAUUUGGGAAUGCGUUGUCGAAUCUUUGAACUGAAGAAUAAGGAACGCAUUUCUGUCGCUGCGGCUUCGAAAAUCUUGUGCAAUACCGUCUAUCAGUACAAAGGAAUGGGUCUUUCCAUGGGUACCAUGAUUAUGGGAUGGGACAAGAAAGGACCACACAUUUACUAUGUGGAUAGUGAAGGUACAAGGUUGAAAGGUAGCAAGUUUUCUGUUGGUUCUGGUUCGACCCACGCACUUGGUGUAUUGGAUCAGGGCUAUAAAUGGAAUAUGUCAGUGGAAGAAGCUUGCGAACUUGGAAGACGUUCCAUUUAUCAUGCCACUCAUAGGGAUGCUUUUAGUGGUGGUUAUAUCAACGUAUACUAUAUUGGUCCUGAUGGAUGGAAGUUUAUCAGUCAUGAGGAUAGUGGCUUUGAUAAACAUUAUCAGUAUGCUGCAGAUAAGGCCACAGAAGCACAAACACAACAACAAAUGAGCAUAUCGUAAAGUCAUUAAAGACAUUUGUUAAGUU